GGCGACUGAGAUAGAAUCGCCGAUUCGCAUUUUUAGGAGGCCGGUUCUAUCGCUGUCCUUUUGGUGGCUUUUAAUAGAGCGCCUCGAUUAGGCCUCAGAUCGUUCUACCAUUUCCCGCCUCUCGGUUCCCCUCUCAGGGCCGAUCUAGCCGUUUACAAUGGCUCUUCUUGCUCACGCUUCCGCGAUGGCUGUCGCAGAGCUCGCACUCACCACGCGACUAUCAGCGACGUCGCCAUGCGAUAGCUUAUCUAGCGUCGCCUCGUUUGCGCCGACUCGUUGGGUUGCCGCUCCUUCCGCCUCACGGCAACCACAAACCAGUCGGGCUACUCGAUUGGUCGUCAGUGCAGAAACUGAGAGCAAGGGUUUGACCCGAGAGGGUGUGCUCCAGGGCGGCAGAUGGCUGAGCUCCAACACCCGCCACGUGCGCAUCUACGUGGGGUACAUCGACCCGCAGACCAUGGAGAUGGACCAGACGCAGGCGGACAAGCUGUCGCUGCUGCUGGACCCGGACAACGAGUUCCUGUGGUCGGAAGAGACGGAGAAGAAGGUGUACGACAAGUUCACAGAGCUCGUGGAAGGCUACGCGGGUGCGGAGAUGUCAGAGUACACGCUUCGCCUGAUUGGCUCGGACUUGGAGCACUUCAUCCGCAACAUGCUGCUGGCAGGAGAGAUCUCGUACAACCUGGACUGCCGGGUGCUCAAUUUCAGCAUGGGCAAGCCACGCAUGCCGGAUCCUGCUGCCAAGUGAGGCUACAUUGUCAGAGACUGAGGACCAUGUAUUUACGGAACACUAUUCUGUCACCACCAGCUUCUAUCUGCACUUACGGAAGAUGCCCUUGUCAUGAGUUUGGCUCUGAUAUAGGAAAGUGCAGUCAAGAUGUUGCUGUUAUGUAAUGCCACGAGGUUGCACAUUCUUAUCCCGCAUCUUAGACAGGGAUUUGAACAGGCUACUCAGCUGAGUCAAUUGAGCACGCUGCACAAUCCUUAUCGGUCAGGGAGCUAGCAUUGUGAUGAUAAGGAACUAGC